CGCGGAUUGAUGAUAUCGGUCGCCGACGAGCGGGGCCGGAGCACUCUCUGCUUCUCCCCCUACUUCCCCUACGUACCAGGAAGCUACCACUCCCCCAGAGUGAAGGAAGAGAGAGCUCUCCGCCUCUCUCCUCCGCCUUAGAGCGACGUCGCUGCCGGAGCUCGAUACCUAUGGGUGGCUUCGGGACCUCGCGCCCUGCCUCCGUCGCCCUCUGCGCCUUCCUCACCUUCCUCAACCUCUUCGCCGUCCUUCUCGCCGUCGGCGCCGAGCGCCGCCGCAGCACCGGGAAGGUGAUGCCGGACGAGUACGACGAGCGGUCCUACUGCCUCUACGACACUGACGCCUCCACGGUGUACGGCGUCUCCGCUUUCUUCGUGCUCCUGCUCCAGCAGGCCAUUGUCAACGUCGCCACGUGGUGCCUCUGCUUCGGACCCGUGCUCUCCUCCCGCGGCUGUGCCGUAACGGCAUUCGUCCUCUCCUGGAUAACAUUCCUCGUCGCAGAAGCUUGUCUCAUAGGAGGAUCGGUGAGGAAUGCAAAGCACACCAAGUAUUUAGGCUACUACAUGAAGCAUGAUUUGGUGUCGUGCGCCGCCCUUCGCAAGGGAGUCUUUGCAGCAGCUGCUGCAAUGAUGAUCAUCAACCUCCUGGCGUCCCUGGUGUACUACUGGAGUUACUCAAAAGCUGCGACGGGUGGGUUCAUGAAGCACCAAAAUGAGGUUGGUGUGGGCAUGACGGAUUACGGCCUUGACAAGGGUGUUUCUGGGCCCUGAGUGAGAUGGAAUCUUAUUGGCCUCUGUGCGGUAUUAAUACUAUCGUCGAAAUGUAUGUGGAUGAAGUUGAGUUGUUUCUCUACGGUGUGCUGUGAAUGAUAUACCAUAACUGUACAAUGGCAUGGGUGGUGAUAUUGUAGGGUUCGUGCUGUGAAAAAUGCGGUAGCACUAGUUGUGUUUGGUGUGCUGCACGAGCACGACACCGACUUCUUCCUGCUCGCUGCUGGCGGUGGUUGUUCGCAACACAAAUGCGGGACUUCAAUGUUCUUGGCUGUCAUUAAAUUAUGCAAGGUGGUACUGUACUGAUUUUGCACUAAAAUGGCAUCUGUUAGGCCUGCAGGCGAGGCCCGGCUGC